AUGGUCAAGACAAUCAGUCGGUCUGGACUUCUGGCCCUACAAUUCUCAUCUCUCUGCCUUGCGAACAAUCUCGAACUUCAGCAGAUUCUCGGAGCAUUGUCACCAUUGAAAGAUUGGCUAUCGCCAGACUGGAACUAUGACACUCCAACAAAUACAGGUUCGACACCUUCGAACACACAAUCUUCCGAUCUUUGGAAGCCGACCGCAGGCCAGUCAUGGAAUAUUCAACUCUUGAAAGUGCCCGAUGUAUCUGCUGCCGAGGACAACGCGUACUCUGUUUGGGACUUCGACAUGGCUCUCGCGAGCUCAUCCCUUGUAGAAUCUUUUCAUGCCAAAGGACGACGUGUGAUAUGCUACUUCUCGGCUGGUAGUGUGGAAGAUUAUCGAAGUGAUGCUGGAGACUUUCCGAAAGAGGCCGUGGGGAAAGUAAUGGACGGGUGGCCAGACGAGAAAUGGGUUGAUGUCAGAAGCCAAGGAGUCAGAGACAUUAUGAAGAAGAGAAUAGACGAGGCCAAAUCCAAAGGUUGUGAUGGCGUAGAUCCGGACAACAUCGAUGGCUACCAAAAUGACUCUGGAUUCGACAUGACGGAAGAUGAUGCUGUCGACUUCAUCCGAUUUCUGGCUCAGACUGCACACGAAGCGGGUCUAGCAUAUGGUUUGAAAAAUGGCGAUGAUGCUCUUGUCAAUCGCGUGGUUGACGUCUCCCAGUGGGAGAUUAACGAAGAAUGUGUACACUACAAAGAGUGCGACUCAUACAGACCCUUCAUCGAUGCCAACAAGCCAGUCUUUCACAUCGAGUAUCCGGAUGACGCCCCAGACCUGUCCGUGGACGAGUUUAAGAAGCAGAGCUGCAGUGACCCGGAUGCACGUGGCUUUUCGACAUUGAUCAAGCAAAGGGACCUCACAGGCGAGGCAAUGACUUGCUAG